GGAGAACAGGGCAUCCUGGUGCUGGUCCUUCCCCUGGCGUCAAGAUGAAGCAUUCAAGCUAGGUUUUGCCGUCUUGGACCGUUUUAAAGUCCAUGGCGUCAAGCAGGCUCAAGUAUUCAAAGCAAGGUUUUGCUGUCAUGGUCCUCAUGGACCAUUUGAAGUUCAAGCUCUGCUAUUCACAAAUCAUGAACUAUAGGUUCUUGUAAUUUCUUAUAAUCAUGGCUGUGAGUGAUUCUUAACUCCCGCUCCGACCAUUUCUUCUUCUAAUAAGGAUGGGAGUGAAGGCGGUUCGCCCAACAGACCACCUGUCUACGUUGGAUGAUUACCACGAAUUUUACAUUUUCUGAAUCUUCUGAACCAUAACACCAACUUCUUCGUUAAAUUUCUCUCGGUUCUUCUCUGCUUAGCCUUCAUUUCGCAUCGUCUGCUCUGCGGACAUCAAAAUUCAAAUCCACAUGUAGUAAUUCUCUGUUCUUUCUCGAUUUUCAAGAUGACGGCAGAGUCAUCGGAUGGUCCAACCACCAUAAAUCUUCUCUGCAACGCCGGUGCCGGUGCCGCCGCAGGAGCCAUUGCUGCCACCUUUGUAUGCCCUUUGGAUGUGAUCAAGACGAGACUCCAGGUCCAUGGGCUGCCCAAAGCGCCCCAUGCUGGUCAAAAAGGAAGUAUCAUUAUUGUGGGCUUACAGAACAUAAUUAAAAAUGAGGGUUUGAGAGGAAUGUAUCGUGGCCUUUCUCCAACAAUAUUGGCACUACUUCCAAACUGGGCAGUUUAUUUCACAGUUUAUGAGCACCUCAAGAGCCUACUUCAUUCACACGUGGAUCAGAAUGGACAACUUACUCUUGAUGCAAGUAUUUUAGCUUCUUCAGGUGCUGGGACUGCCACAGCCAUUGUGACCAAUCCAUUUUGGGUUGUCAAGACUAGACUCCAAACGCAGGGAAUGAGACCAGAUGUGGUGCCUUACAAUAGCGUAUUUUCUGCUUUGAGAAGGAUUAUGCAUGAAGAGGGAAUCCGAGGGUUGUAUAGUGGUGUUUUGCCUUCAUUAGUGGGGGUAAGCCAUGUUGCCAUCCAGUUUCCAGCAUAUGAAAAUAUGAAGUCUUAUCUAGCGAGAAGAGAUAACACAACCGUUGAUAAACUUAGUCCCGGACAUGUUGCCAUUGCUUCUUCAAUAGCUAAAAUACUUGCCUCCACAAUUACUUAUCCUCAUGAGGUUGUGCGUGCGAAGUUGCAAGAGCAAGGUCAAUCCCACAAUGCUGAGAUCAAGUAUGCAGGUGUUGUAGACUGCAUCAAAAAGAUCUACCAAAAGGAAGGUGUCCCUGGUUUUUACCGGGGCUGUGCCACUAAUCUGUUGAGAACAACCCCAGCUGCUGUUAUUACUUUUACUAGUUAUGAGAUGAUCCAGAGAUUUUUACGGCGUGUUUUACCUCCUGAGCAGAAGUAUCCACAAGGCCAACCAAAAUCAGAUGAUCAUGUCAAGCCCAAGCCAAAAAAUGGAGGGUUCAGAGAAAAGAAUGAUGACAGGAUGCUUCAACCUUCACAGGUUCAGUCUAAUAAAAGAACCACCUCAAUUCCGUCAGGGAGCAAGGAACAACUUACAGCAAGACACUGAUUCUUCCACCUUCCCUUUUACCACUGAGGGAAAUCAUUUCAAAUAUGCAAGAAAAUAAAAAUGAAUGCAUCUCUUACUUAGUCACCUUCUUUCUUUUUCUAUAGUCGGUGAAAACUCCUAAUUAGAACAUUUUUUUUGUACCCGUAGUGAGUUGUUUGGUUGGAUAAGCAAUUAUUGCUUAGAAAUCAAUUUUGUUUUACUAAUGAAUCCUUGCUUCUUUUCUCAA